AUGUUGAAAUCCGCAAAAGCAGUCGUGUCGGCGCAGUCGCAGUCUUCCUCGAUGGCGGCGCCGCAGCUCAACGGGACGGCCCCAAGCGACUCUCGACGGCCAUCGACGCAUACCAUUACCGGCCUGAAGAGAUGGUCCGUGGCUAAUAAGGAGCUACCUGCUGUCUCGCAGAUCAAAUACAUCCACGUCUACGAUUUCGACAAUACUUUGUUCAACAGUCCCCUCCCAAACCCCCAGCUGUGGAACGGACAAACAGUCGGCUUCCUGCAGACGAAGGAUGGCUUCGCGAAUGGAGGAUGGUGGCACGAUCCCAAUUUGCUGGCUGCCACUGGCGAAGGGAUCGAAGUCGAAGAGGCGCGGGGAUGGAAAGGGUGGUGGAAUGAGCAGAUCGUCCAGCUGGUCGAGCUGAGCAUGCAGCAGAAAGACGCUCUGACGGUGCUGCUCACGGGACGGAGUGAGGCAGGCUUCGCGGACCUCAUCAAGCGCAUCGUGUCAAGCCGCAAGCUUGAUUUUGAUCUGAUCUGCCUCAAACCGGAAGUGGGCCCGAACGGCCAGCAGUUCGCCUCGACGAUGGCUUUCAAACAAGCGUUUCUGGAAGAACUGGUUCUCACCUACAAGCAGGCAGAUGAAAUCCGGGUCUAUGAAGACCGUGUGAAACAUGUGAAAGGAUUCCGCGAGUUUUUUGAAAAGUUAAAUAAGACGUUUCUGACGGCGGCAUCACCAUCCGACAGGAAACCCAUCCUGGCAGAAGUCAUCCAGGUGGCCGAGGGGACGACCUUCCUUUCGCCUGUAACAGAGGUGGCAGAAGUGCAGAAGAUGAUCAACAACCACAACGCCCGGUUCCGCGACCCGGCAUUGAACAUAACCAAGUCGCCAUAUGGGCGGCUACAAAUCAAGCGGACUGUAUUUUACACGGGAUACCUGAUAUCGAACGCCGACUCGUCACGGCUGAUCACUCAGCUAGUGCACCCUCUUUUGCCCCCUGGACUGAUUGAGAGCAACGACAUAAAGUACAUGGCCAACAGCGUCUUGAUCACACCGCGUCCUGCACCAAAGUCCAUUCUGGACAAAGUGGGCGGGCUUGGGAAGAAAGUCAGUUGGCAGGUGACAGGGACGGCCGUGUAUGACCACAAGAUAUGGGCAGCCCGGGUGAAGCCUGUUCCCGAGACGGAGCGAUAUUACACCGAGAACCCAACGCCGAUUAUCGUGCUGGCCGUCCGCAAGGGGGCUCGUCCGAUUGACGCAGGACGGAUUCAGAACUGGCAGCCGGUCCCUCCGGACAAGGCGUUUGUCUUCGACACCGUCGUGGGCGAAAAGGUCAUCCUGCGGGUCGAAGAGGAGGAUCCAGACGAAGGCGAAUGGGAGAGUCAAUUCGUGAACAAGAACAACAAACGACGCCAUCAGCAGGAGCUGAACGAUGAAGACGUUGUUUACCCUCCUGGGUCCUCGCGGGACUCCGGGUCUUAUUAUCAGAAUGGCUCGGAGUCUUCGCCUUAUGGGCAACCACCCCGGCAUCCCAGCAACCGACAUGACGACGGACCUCGUCGUGGCGGACCCAGCUUCCGCGGGCGGGGUCGUGGUUCUGGAGGUGGACGGGGAAAGGGGGGGAACUCGGGUCGAGGACGAGGACGUGGUCGCGGAGGGCCUGCAGGGUACCGGUCGCUGGAUGAUUAUGCGGGAUAUGACGGGGGAUAUGAUGACCGGGGGCAAACCAUGAACUACUAA